GAGAGAGAGAGAGAGAGAGCAAUGGGAUUAAGCAAACCAGAGAGACAAGAGGAGGAACCGUUCAUCCGUAGCUUUCUCAAGCACUUCUUCCACACGCUAUCCAUCAUCACCAUUUCUCUCCUCUUCCCCGCCUCCUUCCUCACGCUCGACAGAUUCACCGCCGCCUCUACCCCCUCAAUUCCGCCCUCUUCCGUCCUCGCUACCGUCUUCCUGCGCGCCGUCCUGCCUGUCAUUAACGGACUCGUCUCCGUCGUCUGUCUCGCUGCUCUCGUGCACUCGCUCACCGGCCGCAUGGUCAAGCUUCCUGCCGCGGUUGCAUGGACUCUCCUGUGCCUCUUCCAUGUCUGCCUCAGCCUCGGCACCGAGGUAACCAUCGCCUCCAGAGCCGAAACGAUCGACGACGCGCUCGUUUAUCACAGCAUUACGUGGAUCAAGCGUGCAGUCCUCUUCGUGGGGCUUCACAGGACGAUGAGGGUAUGGGCGAGGAUGGUGGUCAAACGGGUGGCCGACGACACCAUCUUCGGGGCGGAAGUCCAAGAAGACAUCUCCGACAAAGUGGUGGUCUCAGUGGCGUUCGCGACUCUUUGGAUAACGAUGCUGCAGAACGACAUUGCCCGAAUGGUGUUUGCUGCAGUAGAGAAAGGGUUGACGAAGGACAUGGACUUGGAUGGUUACGUUGGCUGGUUUGUGAGCCAUGCCAUUGUGACGACAGGCAUGGUGAGAAGUGUGCAAGGGCUGCUGUGCGUAGGGAACUUCUUGUUUUGCCGCUGUAGAGAGGCAGAUGAAGACCACCUCACUGCAGAUCACAAGGUUUGAUUGAUAUUGUGUAAAGUAGUAAUGCCUUAUAGAUAUCGUUGAUGGCAUUGAGUCGUCUACUAUUGUCAAUUUGUAGUGGAACUCUAUUUCUCAUCUCUAAGUUUACGGCAGAGA